ACAUCUGGCAGUGGGAGGGCUGCGCCUCGUCCCGCUCCGCCGCUGCCUCCUUCGCUUUCGAGAAUGCAUUUCCGCCCGGGCGAAGAAGAGGCCGCGGGAGCAGCCGAUCACGGCGGGCAGGCUCCCCCGUGCUCCCGGGGCUGGUAGGGCUGCACAGCACGGGGGGGAUGCUCUAGGGAAGGAACGGCAGCACCAGGAGGGAGCAGCCCUGCCCCAGAGGGCACUGCCACAGCAUGGAGGGGCCUUGGGCACUCAGUGUGGUGCUGCUUUACUGCCUGCUGCUGCCCACCCCUGCUGGGAGCCAGAGCAGUCCUAGUCCUGACCAGCGUUUGCAGAUGGACCCUGAUGAGGAACUGUCCCAGCAACAUGCUGCCAGGGCCAUGUGGGAGCAGAAGGCUGGCAGUGCCCGGGAGCUGCCCCCACUGCCCCGCUGCGUCCGCUGCUGUGAGCCAUCCGACCAGCGCUUCUCCUACCCCCAGUACCAGCUUGUGCCUCAGAUCAACAUGACCAUCCUGAAAGGUGAGAAGGGGGACCGUGGUGAGCGAGGCCUGCAGGGCAAGUUUGGCAAGACCGGGAUGGCUGGCAGCAGGGGCCAUGCAGGGCCUAAGGGGCAGAAGGGCAGUGUGGGAGCCCCGGGGGAGCGCUGUAAGAACCACUACGCUGCCUUCUCGGUGGGCCGCAAGAAACCCCUGCACAGCAAUGACUACUACCAGACCCUCAUCUUUGACACGGAGUUUGUCAACCUCUACGACCACUUCAACAUGUUCACGGGCAAGUUCUACUGCUACGUCCCUGGCAUCUACUACUUCAGCCUCAACGUGCACACCUGGAACCAGAAGGAGACAUACCUGCACAUCAUGCACAACGGGGUGGAGGUGGUAAUCCUCUAUGCCCAGGUGAGCGACCGCAGCAUCAUGCAGAGCCAGAGCGUCAUGCUGGAGCUGCGGGAGCAGGACGAGGUCUGGGUGAGGCUCUACAAGGGCGAGCGAGAGAACGCCGUCUUCAGCGAUGAGUACGACACUUACAUCACCUUCAGCGGUCACCUCAUCAAGUACAGUGGGGACCCCUGAGCACCUGCUGCUCCACCCUGCUUCUCCGGCCUUGGGAUGGGUGUCCAAGGAGCCCCUGCUGCCUUCUCGCCCCAGACAUGCCACCUACCAUUGAGCUGUUAGCCCUGCGAUGUGCCGCUACCCCAAGCAGCUGCGUGCAUGUGUGAAUCCCGCCCCCCAGCUCCUCAAGGCUGAUCAGAUGCACCUGGAGGAGCUGAAGCCAUUUCCAGCCUCUGUGGCAUUUGUGAGCCAGGCAGCAGCCCCUCUCUGGGCUGGGCAGUGAGCUCAUCCCCACCAGAACCUGCUUCAGAAAGAAGUUUGCUGGGGCCCAGGUGUUCGAGGCACUGGCUGUGAGCUGUCACCACAGCCAGUAGCAUGGGUUUGACUGAUGGUGUGAGGCAGCACAGACGCAUGAGCUGUGUUCCUCCCUAGACUUGCUUGCACUGUGCUGUGUGCUCCGCAGGCUCCUUCUGGAAAAGUGCAGAGGGUGCUCAGCAUCUAGUAGGAAAGGCAAUAAAACCACUAAGAGCCCUUCUGUGCUUCCGCAGGGCUGAGUCCUAACAGCAUAGAUGUUGCAGCAUGGUGCUGGGUACCCGCUGGGCUGACACAGGGGAGCAGGUUGCAUAAGUUCCCAUCUGCAAGACCCUGUCACAGGUCCCCCACACUGCAGCCUCCUCUCUGCACUGGUGCUGCUGAGGAGGGGCUGGCUUCCCACUGGCAGCCCUGGGUGCAGGACCUUUGGCCUCAGCUGCUUCCUCUCCAUUAGAUUAUCUGCUGGCCAGCCUUUGUAUUUUUGUAGAUGCAACAGCAGAGCAGGGCCAGGGCAGCACCCCACUCUCUGCACAGCUUGUGACCACAUUAAACACUUCAUGAU